AUGAAGGUGCUCGCACUCAUCCUCGUAGUGGCCCUGGCCUCCACGGCUUAUGGGGGGUAUAUAAGCAGCGGCUGGUCCGGCGGUGGUGGAGGCUCAGGUUGGAACUAUGGGGGCGGGGGAGGCAGCGGAUGGAAAUACGGGGGCGGAGGCGGCGGCGGUGGUGGCGGUAAGAUCAUCAAGGUGAUCACUAUCAGCGGCGGAGGGAGCGGCUGGCCCAGUGGGGGCGGAGGGGGCGGAGGAGGCUGGAACUACGGCGGGGGUGGCGGGAGUGGGUGGCCCAGUGGGUGGAAGCUGGGGGGUGGAGGUAGCGGAUGGAAGUCCGGGAGCGGAUGGUCCGGCGGCGGCAGCGGAUGGUCCGGGGGCGGCGGAAGCGGAUGGUCCGGGGGCGGCGGAAGCGGUGCAGCCGCGGCGGCCGUGAGUGCAGUCAAUGGACACGGCUUCGACGCCCACCUGAGAGGACCCAGCUUCCUGAUCGAACCCCCCUCGAAGCUGGAGUUCUCCAACUCGAGCGGGGCCUGGCUGGACUGUGCGGCAACCGGAAGUCCUCCACCCGAGAUCGACUGGUCCACCGCCGACGGACUUCCGGUCGGAGACGUAUCCGGGGUGCGCCGAGUCCUCAGAAACGGCACCCUCGUCCUGCUCCCCUUUCCUGCAGCUGCAUAUCGCCAGGAUGUGCACAGUGCGGCCUAUCGAUGCGUCGCCAGCAAUUCCGUCGGCAGAGUCCUCAGUCGCGACGUCCAAGUCAGGGCUGUGGUGGCCCAGGCAUACAAAGUGGACGUGGAGGUGAUGGGAGGUGCAGCCAGGGGAUGCACCGCGGUAUUGCGGUGUGUGGUGCCAAGUUUCGUGAAGGACCUCGUGCGAGUGGUGUCCUGGCUGCAGGAGCCGUCCUUCUACAUUUACCCCUCGCUGCAAGGAGACGGGAAGUUCCAUCUCCUGCCUACGGGGGAACUCCUGGUGCAUCGUCUGGAAUUCAGCGACCAGUUUCCAGGAUACCGGUGCAGGACGAUGCACCGGCUGACGAGGCAGGUGGUCGUCAGCUCCAUUGCCAACUUCAGGAUAGCCGACCAAAGAGGAGUGAUGGCCCCAGUGAUCCUGGUGCACUCCGGGCUGGUCCACGUGUCACAGGACGAGUCAGCCUCCCUGGUGUGCGUGGCUCAGGCUUGCCCCGUUCCGGAAUAUCGCUGGUACGCCCAGACCGGAGCGGAACCUCUCUUGGUCCUUCCUGGACCCAGGACCAGGUUGCUAGGACCCGUUUUGGCUAUCGAGGCUGUCACUCUUGAAGACAGCGGGGUUUAUCGGUGCUCGGCGACCAAUCCUGGAGGAGAAACCAGCGCGGAGCUCAGAGUGAUAGUGACGGCCCCCCUGCACGUGGAGGUGACGCCGAGUCUCCUGAGCGUGCACCUGGGGGGCAAUGCGGAAUUCAGGUGCGUGAUCGGGACUCAUCCCCAGGCUGGGCCCCAUUUUGUCACCUGGUACAAGGAUGGUCGACAACUUCCUGGGACUGGGAGGCAAUCCGACGUCCUCAUGCUCAAUGGGAUCGGGAAAGAAGAUAGGGGGAUGUACCAAUGCAUCGUGAAGAGAUCGGAGGGAGAGACCGCGCAAGCAUCGGCGGAACUACAGCUGGGAGACGCACCCCCGGUGCUGCUCUACUCCUUCAUCGAGCAGACCCUGCAAUCCGGGCCGUCGGUGUCCCUGAAGUGCUCCGCCGCCGGGAACCCUACCCCUGAGAUCGCCUGGGCCCUCGACGGCUUCCCCUUGGCCACAAACGGGAGGUUGGUGAUCGGCCAGUACGUGACGGUCCACGGGGACGUGAUCUCCCACGUGAACAUCAGCCACGUGAUGGUGGAGGACGGAGGGGAAUACUCCUGCACCGCCGAAAACCGAGCAGGGAAAGUGACCCACGCAGCUCGGCUCAACGUCUACGGACCGCCCUACAUCCGGAUGAUCCCGAAGGUGACGGCCGUGGCGGGGGAAACGCUGCGGCUGAAAUGCCCCGUGGCGGGAUACCCCAUAGAGAGCAUCAAAUGGGAGCGAGCAGGUCGAGAACUCCCGGACGACCUGCGGCAAAAGGUGCUCCCGGAUGGCACCCUGGUGGUGAACAGCGUGCAGAAGGACACCGACACCGGGCAGUACACCUGCGCGGCUCGGAACAAGCAGGGGCACAACGCCAGGAGGACGGGCGAGGUGGCCGUGAUCGUUCCCCCCAAGAUUACCCCCUUCACGGCGGCUCGUGAUCUUCAUCUCAAGGAACGCAUCACUCUGCCCUGCUCCGUGAGCAGGGGCGACGCGCCCAUCUCGAUCACCUGGCUGAAAGACGGCCGCGCGCUCGGCCCCUCCGAGCACGUCGUCAUCAACAAUAUGAACCAGUACAAUAGCAUACUGAUGAUUGAAAGUUUAUCUCUAGAUCACAACGGCAACUACUCCUGCGUGGCCCGGAACCUGGCCGCGGAGGUGUCGCACACGCAGCAGCUCGUGGUCCAUGUACCACCGAGAUGGGUCGUCGAACCUACCGACGUCAGUGUGGAGAGAAACAGACACGUGGCUUUGCAUUGUCAAGCCAAAGGUGUGCCUCCACCCACGAUCGUCUGGAAGAAGGCCACAGGCAGUAAAUCAGGAGAAUACGAGGAGCUGCGCGACAGAGCGCACACGAAGAUCCUCAGCAAUGGGACCCUCUUGCUUCAGCAUGUGAAGGAGGACAGAGAAGGUUUCUAUCUCUGUCAGGCCAGCAAUGGAAUUGGCACUGGGAUCGGGAAGGUUGUCCAACUGAAGGUUAACUCCUCCCCAUAUUUCGCCGCCCAGUCUCGUCCCGUUACCGUGAAGAAGGGCGACACCGCCGUUCUCGACUGCGAGGUGCACGGUGAUAAGCCAGUGAUAGUGACCUGGCUGAAGGGUGGGAACAUCGAGCUAAGCCCCUCGACGAACUAUCGAGUCACGGUGAACCAAGAGGCGACUCCUGAUGGCGUGGUAGCACAACUGCACAUCUCUUCGGCAGAGGCCUCCGAUAGUGGAGCAUACUUCUGCGAGGCCAGCAAUCUGUACGGCCGAGAACAGCAGCUGGUGCAGUUGCUGGUCCAAGAGCCGCCGCAGCCGCCGAACUCCCUGGAGACCGCCAUGGUGGCGAGUCGCAGCAUAAACGUGAAAUGGCAGCACAAGUCGCAAGGAACCAGCGAGGUGACGAAGUACAUCCUGCAGUACCGAGAAGGAGACGGUGGCAUGUGGCAGCAACAGGAGCUGAGUGGUCCCCCCUUGCAAUACGCCGCCCUGAUAGACGAGCUGAAGCCGGCAACCAGGUAUACCAUCAGGGUGAUCGCCGAGGGUCCUGCGGGACGAUCGGCACCGUCUGCCGAGCUCGUCGUCAGGACCGAACCCCAGAGACCGGCAGGACCUCCCAUCAACAUCGCAGCCCGAGCUCUGAGCUCGACGGAGAUCCUCGUCACCUGGUCUCCACCCAUCCCCGAGUUGAGACACGGAGAUGUGCAAGGAUUCAACGUGGGGUACCGAGAAACCAGCUCCGGAAAUCCGGCCUACAACUUCACCUCGGUCAUGGGGGAUGGAGAAGAGGGUGGUGGGGAACUUCGCCUCACGGGGUUGCGUGCCUUCACCAGGUACACCCUGGUCGUCCAGGCCUAUAACCAGGUGGGCUCGGGACCCAUGUCGGAACCGUUGAUCACCCAGACCUUGGAGGACGUUCCCAGCGAACCUCCUAAGGACAUCAGGUGUGCAGCCUUGUCUUCCCAGUCGCUGCAGGUGUCCUGGCAACCUCCUCCCAGCGCCCACAGUAAUGGCCUCAUUCAAGGAUAUAAACUCCACUUCGAACCUGUCCUGGCUGAAGCCUGGCGCGGCACGGACGAAAUGGAUGUUCGCAAAACCAGCGCCCUGACGGUCGUCCUGGCUGGUCUGAGAAGGUACACGAAUUACAGCAUCCAGGUGUUGGCCUUCACCAGGGUUGGGGAUGGAGUUCCGACCAGGGUGACGUACUGCCACACCGAGGAGGAUGUCCCGGGAAGUCCUGCGGAUAUUAAAGUGGUCGUCAGCUCUCCUCAGGCUCUGCUGAUCUCUUGGUUGCCGCCCUUGGAGCCCAAUGGAAUCAUCACAAAGUACAAUCUCUACACCAGGGUCGUCGAUGGAAGGGAAGAGCUGAACCACGGGAAAAGGACCCUCCCAGCUACCGACACCUACUUCGAGGCCACCGGUCUUCAGCAACACGUGGAGUACCAAUUCUGGGUGACUGUGAGCACUCGUGUUGGGGAAGGUCAGAGUUCUAGGGUGGCAGCGCAGGUUCCUACCAAUCGAGUCCCUGCGAAGAUCAUCUCCUUCGGGGGACACGUUGUUCGGCCUUGGAGAGAAUCCGCCACGUUGGAGUGCAAAGCCGUAGGGGAACCCACGAGGGAAUGGUUCAAGGACACCGUGGAACAGGUGCGAACGGACCCUAGCAGGAACCUCCAGAUCCUGCAGACCGGAGAACUGGUCCUCUCGAGCCUGCAGACUCAGGACGCAGGGAAUUACACCUGCCAGGUGGAGAACUCCCAGGGGAACGACCGACUCCACUAUACCCUGACGGUGCAGGUCCCUCCUAAUGCGCCUGUGCUUUACGUGACGAGUUCAACGUCCAGCAGCAUCCUGCUGCACUGGAAGCCAGGAUACAACGGAGGCGCAGCCUUAACAGGAUACACUCUUCAUUAUCGCAGGACCCACGGGAACCUUGACGAGCUGCAGUUACCCCGUAGAGCGACCAGCCACGAGUUGAAGGGUCUGCUCUGCGGUAACACGUACCACCUGUACCUGACCUCGCACAACAAGAUCGGCAGUAGUGCAUCCUCUCCGGUGCUAUCGGUGCGGACCCAGGGUCAGGCACCUGGAAUCCCACCUGCUGCAGCCUUCUUAUCCCCUAACUCCACCACCCUGGUCCUCAGGCUCCACGUCUGGCCUGAUAACGGCUGCCCCAUCCUCUACUUCGUCAUUCAGUACCGACCCAUCAACGAAUUCCACUGGACCCUGGUGUCCAACAGCGUAAAGAUGCAGAGGCGAUUCGUCGUCACCAACCUGGCACCAAGUUCGGUCUAUCAGCUCAAGGUGGAGGCCAACAAUGUCGCGGGCAGCAACCAGGCGGAGUUCACUUUCGUCACCCUGACGAAAGACGGUGAUCCACCACCACCGGAACUGUCUACCCGGGGGAUCUCCGCGGUGAUCCCAUUUUAUGCCGACAUCAAGGUCAUGCUGCCGGUGAUCAUGGCCUCGGUGACGCUCCUGGCUGUCGCGGUCACCGUCGCGUUUCGCUGGCGGAACCGAUACGUGGGCGACCGGGUGCAAAGGCCUAUGAAGGAGUCUCAGGAGAACCAGCAGAACGCGGAGACGCAGCGCGAGCGGUACUACGCGACCAUCCACAAAGUUGCGCUGCAGCAGGCGGCCAGCACGGCAGGGCCCGAUAAGAUUCCAGAGACGGCGGAGGACAUCUCGCCGUACGCUACGUUCCAGCUUUCGGAGGGGGGCGCGGGAAGCCUGGGAGGCCUGGGAGGAUUGGGCGGACUGGGAGGCGCGGCAGAGGCCUCUGCGGCCGGGCUGCACACCAACAACACCCUUCUUCACAGCUUCAUGUACCACGAGCAUGCCAUGACGGAAGGCUGCGCGAGCCCUCCCCCAGCGGCGGCGAGUAUGAAGAGUGUGUCGUCGCGACGCCGCCAGCAGAGGAAGCAGCAGACCCCGGGCGACGUCGAGAGCGACGAAAGCGAGUCUGACCUGGACCAGCUGACGGGCUCGCGGACGGAGUCUUCCAACCAACUGGACGCCGGCAAACUCAAGCACAUUCGCGCCGUCUCGGACCUAAUCUACCACGGCAUGUCGAGCACCUUGUCGGACAUCUUGCCGAUGUCCGAGCAGAAGUCGUUGCCCCGAAGAGGACGAUCUAGCAGGAGUUCCUUGCGCACCCUGCUGCCGCCGAUCUCGGUGGCAGAGACCGCCUUCGUGGGGGGUCAAUCGGGGGUGGUGCCGGCCCCGGGUAGCGGGGAUCGACCGGAGCUCAGCGAGGCCGAGUGCGACAUCGACUCCCUGAAGAAGCUCAAGCUGGGCCUGAGGAGCUCCCUCUGGUCGAGGCCCAGCACCCAGAACAACCCCUCCUCCGACUACUCCAUCGCCGUCUAA